AAGUGGGAGGAGAAAGUGAGGGUGCCGAGGUGGGAGGAGAAUAUGGAUGCGUUGGAGAUGAAGGAUACUACUGCUGCUGUUGAAGACAAGGAGGUGGAGGAGAGCUGAAUGGGUGAUUAUGGAUGGUACUUUUUUUUAUCCUUCUCUCACCUCUCAUUUUUGUUUCCUGGCGGGCCCUUGCGGCUGUCGGGAUUCAACUAGAGGAUCGGGGCGAUGUCAGCCUAGCCUGGAUUAUUUUUCCAGGAGACCCAGCAGCAGGAAUUUCCCUGCUUUGCUUGCUUGUUUGCCGGCAGGCAGUCUUGGCUUGUAUGCAGUGCUUCGAGACUGCAUACAUACGUCGGGGUCUGGUCUCGGGAUGGCUACCUGGCUGGCUCCCUCCCCUGCUGCUGUCGGGACGGCAGGACAGGAUGGCCGGAUGGUCGAGACGGGACGUGGCUGCAAGGUACGGAGGGGACUUUGCUUGCAUGGCGUUUUGUGCAGCUAUGGGCUGGGUGGUGGUUAGAUUCACGCUGGAUGUGGAUGACUACGUUGAGUGUAUGUCGUUGUGCCGCAAAAGACAGAUAAUAUCUAUCUAUCUACAUGGUGUUAGAAAUAGUUUGUGAAAUAAUGAGUGGUGUUCGUUCCAAGCCACCACUAAGCCUAACCUA